CUAUGGCGCUGCACAUUACUCUGCUUCUCACCACUGUUUUUUUCUCCAAAGCACUGACUCUGAGGUGUUACGGAUGUAUAACAGAUUCAACUGGAUCAUGCACACAAACUGUAACCUGUCCAUCUCGUUGUGGCGCCACGACCACAAACAUAUACGUAGAUGGCAGAAAAGUGGGCAACAGCAGUGCAAGGUCUUGCGCAGAUCCUGUUUUGUGUGUUACUGGGAGCAUGAAUUCUGGACAAAGCAAAGUGACUCUCAACUCCCAAUGCUGUACUACAGAUUCAUGCAACAGUGUAAAUGCACCAGAUUUGCCACAAAAGCCUCUUAACGGGAAGAAAUGUUUCACCUGCAAUGCCACUACAGACUGCACACGUACACUGGCUUGUGAGGGUGAUGAGACUCAGUGCUUUGUUACAACAGCUGAUGUCGAUGGCAAGAAGGUGACCACGAAAGGAUGUUCAAGCAAGCUGCUGUGUGGGAACGGGACGCUGGCACUGGGAUUACCUGUACAGUCCUAUGGCUUUGGUACUUACAUGAAAUGUUGUGAGGGAAACCUGUGUAAUGGUGCUCAGAGCUUGAGAGUUUUUUUCCUGAUGCUGGUACCACUUCUCUCUCUAUUAGUCUUCUGAUAUGUGCUAUCUUUCAGUUUUUGUUUUUAGAGUUUUGCUCUUAAAAACACUUCUUUGUGUUCUGGUACAUGCUGAAUGCAUUUCUGUACUUUCAUUUCAACAUAUACUGUAACAACUGUCUUUGCAAAACAUCUCGAUAUCUAGACCUAUCCACCUUAUUCUUCAACUGGGAAGAUUUCCGGUUCAUUAUCCGCUAUAAGGAAAUAACGAGAAGAAUAACAAAGAGGAGUAAACCGUAAAACUGUUUGCACUACAAACCAGUACGUUCAUAAUUAAGAUAAUACAUAUAUAUGGUAACACAAAUGUACAAUAUCACGCAGCAAAACAAGCUGUUUUGUACAGCUAAAAGUGAGCCACAGGUGAUCGACAUCAAAGUAAACAAAAAAUCCACCUUAUUGGCCCUUUUCACAUACUUAGACACGUUUCCA